AUGUCCUUCAAUCGCGCCGCUCGAUCAAUGCGCAGACGCCUUCUCGGCUCAAAGGCUUUCCUCCCUGCCAGCACCGCAGCUGCUUCAAUUAGGAAUUCAAUACCACGGCCCCCGCCGUUCCACUCAAACUCCCACGGCAAACUCAAGCACCAAGCCCAACCUGCGGCUCUUGGUACAGUUGCCGUGCUUGGCAAUGGACUUCCCCCAGGGAUAGAGUCCUACACUGCCAUGAUGGAGGGCGAGGGCUGCUCAAGAGCCGGGAAGCAUAUAGGCUCUUUCUAUCAGCAAUGGGAACGAGGAAGCUUCAUGAUCAGAAAGAGCAAGAUGAUGUAA